UCCAGCAAGCCUCUUGCUGUCCAAUUUGACUAGGAGGUCCUUUGGCACCGCAGGCAAUCGCGUUUCCAAUGUGGCUUCCUUUUUUGUUGAUGGAACUGCGAUUGCCCCACGACUCCUCAUGGUGACAAGCGUUGCUACACCUAGGCACCACACCGCGCACCUGCUCCCCGGCGUAUCUACGUUCAAUUCCGUGACUGCCCAAAAUACCGAUAUCUUUUUCAAUUCCAUCAGCAGGUCUACUAGGUUCACCUCCAAUUCUGUUUCUGCAAUCCACAAUCGCCGACCUCUCGUCAUCAGCCACAGUCUAUUUCAUCACGUUCCUUAGCAAGCAUGGCAAUGGUCUCUGCUCAAGACAACAGCGCUGCCGUCGCCUCAGCCGGCAAAGAGAGCACCAAACCCGAAGCUCCUGGGAAGAUUUCCGGUGACCUGCCCGUGAACACACGCCCUGAGUCUGCUGUUUUGGCUACAACUUCCACCGGCCCAGUCCCUUCUGGUACCACCGCCACUUCAACGUCUGCCUCUGUGAAGGCAGACCCCUACAGCACUGGCCCUAGUCCAGAGAAAGGCUCGGGGCAGGAUCGAUUCCGCCAGAUGAUGGCUCAAGCGCCAAACUUCCCCAAAGGCUCAUCUGCUUACACUGAUCUCGACACACAUAAGUCUGAAAACUCGACGCCUAAUGUCCUUGUCGGCCCUCUCUCUGGCUCAGCUGCCACUCCCGAGAAGAAGACGGUGCGCUUCGCAACGGAGUCUGCGUCGGACAAGGAUACCGACAAGGGCCAAUGCCACCAGUCACUCUCAAGCGUGCCCGGCCUCUCUAACCACAUCAGACCGUCUUCUACUGGCCCGUUUGCCCAGUCAAACACCAUAAUGCCCUACGCAGCCGCAAUGAGCAUGGGUCAUGCCCAGUACAGUCCUUACUACAGCAACAUGAUGCCACAGCCCCAUGACGACCCCCGGAUUGCCAUCAAUCCAGCUAUCUUCCCUUACGCCGUCGACGUUAGUCGCACAUCCGACUUGUCGUCUGCCAGCGUAGCUAACGAUGCCACCGACGUCAAUAGCGCUGGCUACAGCAAAGGCGGCGGCGGCGGCGGCGGCGGAGGCAGUGGGAGCCGAGUCGCUUCUGGCACCGCCGCUUCCGGCAACCGCGCCACGAAUAUCAACGCAGGUAGAACAGGAGGUACCAAUGGAAAUGGCAAUGGCGACAACUGGACUCCCACCUGGACAUCGAUCCUGAGUGCUGAGUGUCAGAAGCGACGCUUUAACCCCCAGUUCUCAGAGUGGCAGACGCCUGAUGGGGCAUUCCAUGCGUCCGUCAACGUCAACGGAUUCAUUGUUCAUGACAGUCGCAACUUCAAGAGUGCCAGCGAAGCCAAACAAACCCUGGCUAAGAGGGCCCUCGCCCAUGUUCGCAAGACCCCCGCGCCCAAGCAGUCCAACGGCGCUGCUGAGAAGCUGAAGCACGACCUGCUGCAGCAGAAGCAGCAGCAGCAGAACGCGGGUCGUGAUGGUUCUGGAUCCGUUCCUGCUAAGAUUAAGGUGGAGGCCGGUUACGAUCAUUAUGCUGGUGCAAGCGCCACUCGGCGUGAUGCUCCCCGUGAUGCGAUCCGGGACCAGUCCGCUGGUAAUGUCGGCACGCCUGAUCAGGAUCGUCGGCUUCUGGAGAGAGUUCAAGCCAUGUAUGGUCGCUCGCAGCCGAGCCACCGGAUGUAUUCCGAUCCCGUGGCAGCUCGUGCUUUCUUGGAGGGCUUUGCCCUGGGCGGUCGGCUACGAGAGAAUGCUCGCCCUCUUAAUGAGGGAGAGAGACGUCGCUCGCGAUCCCCGAGGGCCGGGUACGAGUGGGACGGUCGCGCGCGAUUCCCCCACGAGCGAUCUCCCCAGACCCCGACCAGUCGCUACUAUCGCGAGCGCUCGCCGUCGAUGUUCAUCCACCGCCGCGAUUCUUUGGAUGGCCGCAUCAGAUAUCAGGGUUAACUGGGUUCUCGGGAGGUUGUGGAUGGAGGAUGAGAGAGAGCUUUGGGGACGGAAAGAAAGGCUAGACUGGAGACGAGAUGAUUAUGACGCUUGAGCUUGACAUACCAGUUGAUUUUUGGGAAUCCCGCAGCGCAUAUGCGCGCUGAAUAUACCACCUGUACAG